AUUCGUGGGACCGAGUUUCAGGCAGCUGGAAUAAAGAGAGACAUCGGGGGAAAGCCGCGAGAAGGCCAGCGUCCCUGGCUGGGAGCAGAGCUAGCCGAGUAGGGCGCCCGGCUGUCAAACUGGCCGGCGCAGUGCACGCUGGGCCGCCCCGGAGCGGUCGCAGAGCCCGUCGGGAGUCGUAGUCCGGGACGGGCCCGCGGCAUUGUCCGUGACGCAGCUCGGGAUCCGGGUCGGGUUGUCGGCCGGGUUGCUGCCGGGCACCGUCGAGCGUUAGCCACCCAGCAUUGAGCUGCCAGCGGCUGUUCUCCCUAAGCACCCUCGCUCACGUCGCCUCGCCUCGCCUCGCCUGACCGGCCGCAGCCUUGGAUACCAGCCUUAAAUCGAGCCGACUACGGCCCAGCCCCGCGCGCGGCGAGGUGCGCGGGGUUCGGUGCCAGCCGCUCGCCCCUGGCCGGGCCAGCCUCUUCAUGCGCCGGGGACAGGCGCGCCCAUCCGACUCUUCGAGGGGCGGCAGGGCCCCAUCUGUGUCUUUCGCUCUCGAGCCCCCAGCUAGAGUUGGCUUCAGCGGAAUACCUACUGUGCAGGAUUAUUCAACAAGCCGAUUGAUCACAUUCUUCAGCUCUAGCAGUGCAAAGGCUUCACUGAAAAAGAACAUUACAAAUUUUUUUUGAAAGAAAUUUGGGGGAAUCCACUGAAGACCUACAUUUCCCGGAAGGUUAACAGCCCCCUUCUCAGUUUUCCUGCUGCUCCUAUCAGUGACAAAUCAGCGUAUUAGAACAUGCAUGCUGGCUGAUCAUUCUGAUCAAGUCAACAAGCUUCACAACUUACUCAGUGAGGUCGUCCGUGAGAACUUCACUGUUUUACGAGGACAGGAGCUACUUCUUUGCUGAACUGCAUCACGGUUUCAACUGCUGAGGUUUUCUUCAAGCUUUUGCAUUGUUUGGAAUGUGAAAGGCACGGCCGAGACACACUUUGAGGUUCCCACUGCAUUGUUACACCUCCCCCCUCACUUCAGGGCCAGGUAACACCAAGAAAGACGCCAUGAGAGCGAAGGCCGUUGGGUAACCGCCCUUUGCUCUCGCGCUGCGUGUCUCCCUGCCAUGAACCGCUGCAACCGGCGCUGGGAGCGGUUGAGGGCGGCGGCCAGCCUCGCGCUGGAAGCGGUUGAGGGCGGCGGCCGGCCUCGCGCUGGAAGCGGUUGAGGGCGGCGGCCGGCCUCGCGCUGGAAGCGGUUGAGGGCGGCGGCCGGCCUCGCGCUGGAACCUCGCCCACCUCAAGGCUCGUGCGGCGGCGCAUGGGGCAGGCCAGGAGCCCGCCCUAGGAGGGCCCCGCUGGAGAUGUGGAAAUGGAGGGAUGCGGCACCUGGGCGCUUCCUGGGGCCAGACAACGCCCCCUCAUUGGAACCUCCAUGACCGUGCCUCUGAGAAACCAGCGCGUCCGCAACGAUCACUCCUAAUUUUCGGAUUCCUAUCAUCUGUCUCCACGUGAUAACACUGAAGAGCCUUCACGUUGAUGCAGGCCCAGGGCCUCAAGUGCAGAGACUGAGAGCUCUGCAGGACACAGCAUGGAGCCGCCAUUCCUCUACUGGGUGGAAGAGCAUGUGUCCUCUGAACAGGGGAUCCAAGCCCUGAGAUGUUCUUUCUCAGCUGUCAGUGCGGCCCAGGACUUUCUGUGGGGAUGCUCAGACAGCAGGGGCCGGAGGACUUUUAGCCACCACCUCCCAUGGCCAGUCUUCACAAAUUACCUUUGGCUAAUUUGACUGUCUCUCCUCCUGGGGUCUAGGACUUCAAACAUGUACAGAAGCGAUUGCAGAAUUAAGACAAGACACUUCCACAAUAUAUUUUUUGUAUCACUGGCUCAGAAAAAGACUCAUUCAAAUCUUGUAUCAAAGCCACGUCUGAGAAUCUUGAGAAAGCAUCAGCUGACUGACUUGACAAGGGAGGAAGCAACCAAAAAUUCUGCGCUUCUUCAGUAUCUGAGUAUGAUAUUUUGCUUCAACAUCCCUCUUAGAUGAAGUUAUUGAUUGAAAAUCAUUUAAGUUUGCCGCAUGGUAAAAGAUCAAGUCCUCAGAAAGAUCUCCAAAGCGUUUACGGUUUGUUUUGUUUUGGUAAGUUUACCAUGAUUUUGCUUAAACUGCUCUCCGUUGAUCUUCUCAGCUAAGAUGGAGGUAGAGUUGCACAGUGGAAGAGGGCUGCAUGUAAGAAGGCAGUUCUGUCUCAGAGGACAAAAGGCCUGGGAGCACCCAGACAGUCACUGCAUGGAGGUCACUCCCCUCCCAGUGGCCACUGUGGAGACAUUUCACAGAAAUGCUUGCUGGACCAUUCAGGUUCAGAGUUGGGACAAAACCGAGAACUCAUGGGGAUAUUGGACAGGAGUUAGGAAAUGACCUUCUCACACAACUGGGGCAGUGGGGGAGAACCCUGGGCUUGAGACUUGCAAUCCACCAGUUGCCCCUGCCCCUGCCCCUGCAGUGUGGCCGCUGUUACAUUUUCCUGCAACUCUGCCUUCUUGAGUCCAAAUGUCUUCGAAAGGGGCAAAUGCUUCGUAAGUGCCGACAGGGUGUGUUUCAGUGAAUGUUUGCAGUGUGCACCGGUCUGGCUGAAGGCCUCUUCCCUUCCCCAACACCCUCCCAUCGUGCAAAAUUACCCUGCCCAGCAGGGAGUGACUUGUGUGUCUCAGAAGAUUUUGUUGCUGUGCUCUGAGUUCUCACUCCUCAUCUCCUUUGACCAGUUUCUUCUAAUACUCCCCUUGUUCACAACACAGAACAUGAGUGCUCUUUCCUGUCAUUUUGACACUAAUAAACGGACAGUGAUUCUCAGUGUGGAAAUGAGAAUGAAGUCUUUUUUAAAGACAGGCUACAAUAAUUCCCAUGCAGAGAACCACACGCGAUGACACUGGAUUCCAAACAGCAAGAACGUAUGGUGAAGAUGAGGCCAACAGUGAGCUGAGAGAGGCCAGCCAGGGUGUGUUUCAGUGAAGAUGAGAAACAAUCAGAUAACACCUGUUUCCUCCAGGAAAGAAAAUGUGGCCAGGGAAAAGAGAUGGGAGGAAGGCUGGUCAUUGCCUUUUCCACUGUGCACAGUUUGAAUUUGGAGCCGUGAAAAGUAUUGCUUGGUUAAAUUAAAAUCAUUCAAAAGAUAAAACAUAAACAUUUAACACCAGCACAGUAUGCUGGGAAACAAAAUGAAAGGAUUUCUGGUCUCGGUGCUGUAGGUCACAUAGCCACUCUUUCCUGGAUUGAGGCUUUCCAGCAAAGGGGCUGGGACGUAAGGCUGGCCUGCUGGUGUGGACAGAGAUUCCAGCAACAUGCAUGACCUGGGGGUACAAGGAUUGCUUCCUAAACAAUGAUAAGCACACAGCCACCUAAUAGUCUGGAUCGGCUGAGACCAUCCUGAUUUCAAACACCCAGUCCCCUUGCCUUCCUAAGAACCCCUGUGUUUCUCAGACUGAAAAUGUGUUUUGAAUUUUGUUCACGAAGUGAGGCCGCUGUUGAAAUUCGUCAAGACUGGGAAAGAGCCAAAGUGGGAAGGAGCAUGUGUUGACUGGCACAAAAGUAGGUCUGUUGAUAAAGAAUGGAAGUAAAGGGGCCAUCAGGUAGAAGCUUUUGCUGUGAGUCAGAAGGACAAUUUAAAAGUUGCCUAAAGAGGCACACACCGUCUCUGCUGCUGCCUUCCAGUUGGAAGGGAAACUCAGGUUCUUGCCUAAUGGCCGAAGCCCUUCACAGAAUGUCCCCCACCCCUAACAGCUGCCCACUGCCCCUCCCCCUCUGCAGAAUGUCUGGGGUCCUAUGUUCCAGGAACCUGUUUACUUUCAAACUUCCCUGUGUCAGUUGGACUCAGGAGCGUCUGGUGAGCCAGGUCACUCUCUGGGUCUUACCCUUGGCUUUUCUCAUUGCGGAAACUGCCAGACAGCGGUGGUCAGUGCCCAGCCUGAGGGGAUGGCUUCAAAUGGAGCAUACCCAGUGCUGGGACCGGGCGUGAUCGUGAACCCUGGCACCUCCCUGUCUGUGUUCACGGCUCUGCCCUUCACCACACCCGCUCCCGGCCCAGCACACGGGCCGCUCCUUGUGACUGCAGGGGUUCCUCCAGGCGGCCCUCUGGUGCUGUCUACCUUCCCCAGCACACCUCUGGUGACAGAACAGGAUGGCUGCGGCCCGAGUGGGGCCGGGGCUUCCAACGUCUUUGUCCAGAUGAGGACAGAGGUGGGGCCUGUGAAGGCCGCUCAGGCGCAGACCUUGGUCCUAACUCAGGCCCCCCUCGUCUGGCAGGCUCCAGGCGCCCUCUGCGGAGGUGUUGUGUGUCCACCUCCCCUACUCCUGGCAGCUGCUCCUGUGGUGCCUGUUAUGGCUGCCCAGGUGGUUGGGGGCACCCAGGCCUGUGAGGGAGGCUGGUCCCAGGGCCUUCCUCUUCCACCACCACCACCACCGGCUGCCCAGUUGCCCCCCAUUGUGUCCCAAGGGAAUGCUGGGCCAUGGCCACAAGGGGCUCAUGGAGAGGGCAGCCUGGCUUCCUCCCAGGCCAAGGCCCCGCCAGAUGACUCCUGUAACCCCAGGAGUGUCUAUGAGAACUUCCGACUCUGGCAGCACUACAAGCCCCUGGCCCGGAGGCACCUUCCCCAGAGUCCUGACACCGAAGCGCUUUCGUGCUUCCUCAUCCCAGUUCUCCGAUCCCUGGCCCGGCGGAAGCCCACCAUGACCCUGGAGGAGGGACUGUGGCGGGCCAUGCGGGAAUGGCAGCACACGAGCAACUUUGACCGGAUGAUCUUCUACGAGAUCGCGGAAAAGUUCCUGGAGUUUGAGGCUGAGGAGGAGAUGCAGAUUCAGAAAUCGCAAUGGAUGAAGGGGCCCCAGUGCCUGCCUCCUCCAGCCACACCGAGGCUUGAACCUCGAGGACCCCCGGCCCCUGAGGUGGUCAAGCAGCCAGUGUACCUUCCCAGCAAGGCCGGCCCCAAGGCCCCGACUGCCUGCCUGCCACCACCCAGGCCCCAGAGGCCAGAGACCAAGGCCCGCCUGCCACCACCCCGGCCCCACCGGCGAGCAGAGACCAAGGCCCGCCUGCCACCACCCAGGCCCCAGAGACCAGCAGAGACCAAGGUCCCUGAGGAGAUCCCCCCAGAAGUGGUGCAGGAGUAUGUGGACAUCAUGGAGGAGCUGCUGGGGCCUUCCCUCGGGGCCACGGGGGAGCCCGAGAAACAACGGGAAGAGGGCAAAGUGAAGCAGCCACAGGAAGAGGACUGGACGCCCCCAGACCCGGGCCUCCUGAGCUACAUUGACAAGCUGUGUUCCCAGAAAGACUUCGUCACCAAGGUGGAGGCCGUCAUUCAUCCCCAAUUCCUGGAAGAAUUGCUUUCCCCAGAUCCACAGAUGGAUUUCUUGGCCCUAAGCCAGGACCUGGAGCAGGAGGAAGGACUCACCCUUGCCCAGCUAGCGGAGAAGCGCCUCCUACCCUUGAAGGAGAAACAGCAUGCGAGGGCAGCCCCUAGUCAUGGCACAGCCCGGUUGGACUCAAGUUCUUCUAAGUUUGCAGCUGGCCAAGGAGCAGAGAGAGACGUCCCUGACCCCCAACAAGGGGUUGGCAUGGAAACCUGCCCACCCCAGACGACUGCCCGGGACUCUCAGGGACGAGGCAGAGCACACACUGGCAUGGCCAGGUCCAAAGACUCUGUUGUGCUUUUGGGAUGUCAGGAUUCCCCUGGGCUGAGGGCUGCCCGGCCAACCUCUCCUCCCCAGGACCACAGACCCACCUGCCCUGGCGUGGGUACCAAGGAUGCCUUGGAUCUCCCUGGAGGGUCUCCUGUCAGGGAGUCACAUGGGCUGGCUCAGGGGUCAAGUGAGGAGGAGGAACUCCCCAGCCUGGCCUUCCUCUUGGGUUCCCAGCACAAGCUUCUGCCCUGGUGGCUACCCCAGAGCCCUGUCCCUGCCUCGGGCCUUCUCAGCCCAGAAAAGUGGGGACCCCAGGGAACUCAUCAGUCCCCAUCUGCUGAGAGAAGAGGCCUCAACCUAGCACCUUCUCCUGACAACAAGGCCAAGAAGCGACCUCUCUUUGGAAGCCUGUCCCCUGCUGAGAAGACACCCCAGCCAGGGCCUGGGCUCAGGGUCUCUGGGGAGCAAUCCCUGACUUGGGGGCUGGGUGGCCCCUCACAGUCUCAAAAGAGAAAGGGUGACCCCUUGGUCUCCAGGAAGGAGAAGAAGCAGCAUUGUAGCCAGUAGGGGCUUCUGAGCAGGCUCUCUGGGGCCAAUCCCCAAGGAUGGGGCUCUGGCAUCCGAUGCCCCAAAGCGGUCAAAAGCUUCUUCUCCCCCAGUGCUGAUCUUGCUGGGCCUUAGCUUUGGAGGGUAGGGGAGGGAGGGGAGGGAGAGGGUGGCUGAAUGGGGAGGGCAGGAAGGGAGGGUCUGGGGGGAAGGGGCUGGGGAGUGGGGGUGGGAAGCAGUGCGUUGGGGGCCUCGUGUGUAAGUGUGAAUAAAUGUAGUUGUCUUGGAAAA